UACCUUCGUCUCAACUCUCUCCCUGGAAAUUAUUUCUAUAUGUUUUCCUCUGUCUUUCUCUAGCCUUCCGCCGUCGCCGGGAAGUUCCUAGCUACUGUUGUCUCCGCCGGCAGCUGUUUCUACACUCUGCUGGGAAAAGACUCAAGCAGUCGUGUUUCAAUCCAUCGCGACAUUCACCAGAAAAGGGCUGUCCUUUGACUUUUAAGCAUCAAGGAAACUGGUAGUAUAAGUUUUAGGAUGGCGUUUUGCGGUCAAUUUAUUCAGAUCUGAGGGGGAAAACGGGCGGUGGUUUAGUGCUGUUGCAUGUUGGAGGGAUUUUUUGUAAUUUAAGAGGUGAGGUGUAGAUGGUACUUUGCGGCCUUGGAGGCGCAUGAUAAUGAGCGGAGGGAGAUGGCGGUGGCGGUGGUGUGGCGGUGACCGUUUCACAUUGAAUGGCAGAUCUUGUUAGGUAUGGUAAUGCCAACCGUGACAUCGAGCAGGCGCUGAUUGCUCUAAAAAAGGGUGCUCAACUACUUAAAUAUGGUCGUAAGGGAAAGCCUAAAUUUUACCCGUUCAGACUCUCUAACGAUGAAACAUCUUUAAUUUGGAUUUCUAGUAGUGGUGAAAGAAAUUUAAAGUUAGCUUCAGUUUCAAGAAUUAUCCCUGGACAGAGAACCGCUGUUUUCCAACGAUAUCUGCGUCCUGAAAAGGACUAUUUAUCCUUCUCUCUCAUAUACAACAAUGGGAAAAGAUCUCUUGAUCUGAUCUGCAAGGACAAAGUUGAGGCAGAGAUCUGGAUAGCUGGCCUUAAGGCUUUAAUAUCAUCUGGACAAGCUGGGCGGUCAAAAAUAGAUGGAUGGGAUGAUGGAGGGCUCUGUUUUGAUGCAAGUCUUGCAACCUUGCAUUAUCUAUCUGCUAAUGAUCAUGAUAACAGAGAUUUGACUUCAAAUAGUCCAGGCAACAGUUCUGUGAGUGCUGCACGAGAGGUUAGCUCUCCCGAGGUUUCUGUCAAGUUGAGCAUAAAUCCUUCACAAAACAGCUAUCGCAUGGAUAAUUCGGUGCAUUCAGAAAGUUCACAUGUAGCUUUGGAUCACACAAACAUGCAGGUGAAAGGAUCUGGUUCAGACACUUUUCGAGUGAGUGUUUCUAGUGCCCCCAGUACUUCCAGUCAUGGUUCUGCACCAGAUGAUUGUGAUGCUCUAGGGGAUGUGUACAUAUGGGGUGAGGUCAUAUGUGAUAAUGUUGUCAAGGUUGGGCCAGAGAAGAAUGCUAGUUCAGUGAGUACGAGAGCUGACGUGCUUCGUCCCAGGAUAUUAGAAUCUAAUGUUGUUCUGGAUGUCCAUCAUAUUGCUUGUGGGGUGAGGCAUGCUGCAUUAGUCACCAGGCAAGGUGAAGUCUUUAGUUGGGGUGAAGAAUCUGGGGGGCGGCUUGGCCAUGGAGUUGGGAAAGACGUUACUCAACCGUGUCUUGUGGAAUCUUUAUCCUUUUGCAGCGUUAAUUUUGUAGCGUGUGGAGAGUUUCACACUUGUGCUGUUACGAUGGCUGGUGAACUUUAUACAUGGGGAGAUGGUACACAUAAUGCUGGCCUCUUGGGUCACGGCACUGAUAACAGUCACUGGAUACCAAAGAGAAUUUCAGGAUCCCUUGGGGGACUUCAAGUUUCAAAGGUUACGUGUGGUCCAUGGCACACUGCCUUGAUAACUUCAACAGGACAACUCUUUACAUUUGGGGAUGGAACCUUUGGUGUUUUAGGCCAUGGUAAUCGGGAAAAUGUCUCAUACCCAAGAGAGGUUGACUCUCUUUCAGGGUUGAGGACUAUUGCCAUUGCUUGUGGAGUAUGGCAUACUGCUGCUGUGGUUGAGGUUAUUGUAACACAGUCCAAUGCAAGUGUUUCAUCUGGAAAAUUAUUCACGUGGGGUGAUGGUGAUAAAAACCGUCUUGGACAUGGUGACAAAGAACCUCGACUGAAACCUACUUGUGUGCCUGCACUUAUUGAUUACAAUUUUCACAAAAUUGCCUGUGGACAUAGUUUGACUGCAGGCCUAACUACAUAUGGGCAGGUUUUCACAAUGGGAAGUACAGUCUAUGGUCAGCUUGGAAAUCCUCAGUCUGGUGGAAAGCUACCUUGCUUGGUAGAAGACAAGCUUGCUGGUGAAUCUAUUGAAGAAAUUGCUUGUGGUGCAUAUCAUGUGGCUGUCUUGACAUCCAAAAAUGAGGUCUACACAUGGGGAAAAGGGGCCAACGGAAGGUUGGGCCAGGGAGAUAUAGAAGACCGGAAAACGCCAACACUAGUUGAAGCUUUAAAGGAUAGGCAUGUUAAAUAUAUUGCUUGUGGAUCAAAUUUCACAGCUGCUAUAUGUCUUCAUAAAUGGGUUUCUGGUGCUGAGCAGUCUCAGUGCUCGGCUUGUAGACAGGUUUUUGGCUUCACGAGGAAGAGGCACAAUUGCUAUAACUGUGGACUAGUACACUGUCAUGCUUGCAGUUCUAGAAAAGAACUACGAGCUGCAUUGGCACCUAAUCCCAGCAAACCAUAUCGUGUUUGUGAUGCCUGUUUUGCUAAACUAAGUAAAUUGGCAGAAGCCAGGGUCAAUAGCCGGAGAAAUGCUGUACCACGCCUUUCAGGUGAAAACAAGGACAGGUUGGACAAGGCUGAUCCGCGAUUGGGCAAGUUGGGAAUGCCAUCCAAUUUUGAUUUAAUUAAACAGUUAGAUACAAAAGCGGCUAAACAAGGAAAGAAAUCGGAUACAUUUGCUUUGGUCUGUUCCUCUCAAGUGCCUUCUUUGUUACAGCUACGAGACGCUGUAAUGUCUACAGCUGUUGAUGCUCGUCGAACAGUUCCAAAUCCAGUUCUUGCACCAUCUAGUGUUAGUUCCAGGUCUGUGUCCCCCUUCUCAAGAAAAUCCAGCCCUCCGAGAUCUGCAACACCUGUCCCUACAACUUCAGGGCUUUCUUUUUCCAAAAGCAUUACGGAUAGUUUGAAGAAGUCUAAUGAACUUCUGAAUCAAGAAGUACAUAAAUUGCGUGUACAGAUUGAGAGCCUUAGAAAUCGAUGUGAACUGCAAGAAUUGGAUAUCCAGAAAUCAGCUAAGAAAGCUCAAGAAGCAAAGGCAUUAGCUGCAGAGGAAUCUGCUAAAUGUAAAGCUGCAAAAGAAGUGAUACAGUCACUUACUGCACAGCUCAAAGAUAUGGCUGAAAGAUUACCACCCGGGGCUUAUGAUUCUGAAAGCAUCAAGCUGGCUUACCUACCAAAUGGUGCGGAACCAAAUGGCAUACACUACACUGGUGCAAAUGUAGAAAGGAAUUCAAGAUCUGAUACGAUCAAUAGCUCAUACAUGGCUUCCCACCUUGGAAUUGACUCCACUACUGCAAAUAGAAUUUGCAAUGAAAGUAAAUCUGGUGCUCAGGGACUUGGAUUUUCUGCAAUCAAUGGGAUGAAUGAACGCUCGGACGUCAGACUUCCUAAUGGAUGUGAAGAUGUUCAGGCUUAUAGGAAUAGCGCUGAAAGUAUCAACACUAAAGCAUCUGUUCCUCAAGACGGUGAAAAUGUCUUGAAAUCAAGAAACUCGGUUCCUGGUAAUGCUAGUCAAAUUGAGGCUGAGUGGAUUGAACAAUACGAACCUGGUGUGUAUAUAACACUUGUAGCCCUUCGAGAUGGAACUAGGGAUCUCAAACGUGUUCGCUUCAGCCGGCGAAGAUUCGGGGAGCACCAAGCAGAGACUUGGUGGUCAGAGAAUCGUGAAAAAGUUUAUGAGAGAUACAAUGUUUGUGGAUCGGACAAAUCAUCAGUUUCCGGCCAGGAUAUACGUAGGUUCGAGGGAGCUGUUUCACCAUCUUCCCAAGUAUAGGUACAAAGUAAAGAAAAAAUCUCCAUUUAUGCCAGUGCAGGUUCUCAUAGUGGGGGAAAUAGACAUCCUUCUUUUUUUGGCCCUUCCCUCAUUUUUCUUAUCCUCCUCUCUUUAAAUUUAUCUUCUUCCUGAUUUAUUUCUGGGGAGUCCAUCGUUUUUUGUUACCUGCUGCAGUGUACAUAGACAUGUCGAUUAUUAUAUGCUAGAAAGUUUUUGUGCCUGGUUUUUCCCCCA